AUGCCGGCACCGGUACAUGCGCAAAGGUCACGAAUGGUUCGUCGUGUUCCACCAGUGAGACGUAACGUCAAACGCAAAGUUGUGCGUUCAGUACGGCGUCGUCGUCGUCCACGUUCACAAUCCAGUUCUCGCUCUCGUUCAUCCAGUAGCACCAAUAGUUCACGCUCACGUUCACAUUCACCUCGAAGUCAUAGUCAUAAACAUAAACAAUCUCGAAAGCGUCGUCUUCCACACAGUUUACUAAGACGCUCAAACUCUGUGAUGCCACUAUAUGGUACCAAUGGUACCAUGAUAGUUGGUUAUGUCCGACCGUGUCGUGCCGGUGUCAGAUUGUGGUAUCCAAACUUGCCAAGUUUUUCUUAA